AUGGCCUCAAAUCCUGCGUUUCGCCAAUCCGUUCGGCCAUCGCAACCCGUCAAGAAUGAUUUCGAGAACGAGGAACUGCGUGUUCAGGUGAAUACAUUGCGCUAUGAACUGGACAAUCUCAAACAAGAGCGAGAUCUCACCGAAUUGCGCCACGAGAAAGAGCUACGCGACUUGCAACUCCGCGCGGACUCGGAUUUUAGGAAGGCUCAAACCGCAGAAGCAGCUAGUAACCGAGCCAACCAAAAAAGCGAAGCACUCGCAAAAGAAUUAAAAGAAUCCCAAGAAUCAGCACUCAGCGAAAAAGCCGUAUUUGAACGACGUAUCCGCACCUUACAAGAUCAAAACCAAUCUCUCCAAGAUGAGGCUACUGAGAUAGAAGCCCAGCGGGCCGAUCAGGAGAGACAGUUCAAACGUCAAAUCACCGAACUCGACACGUUACGUAUCACAUUGGCUCAAACAUUAGAUGAUGUGCAGCGGGGUAUGCAAAAUGUACAGAAUAGUCUGCACUCUGCCAAUGCGCAGGUGUCGAAGCUGGAGAAUGAUGUUGCGACUUUGGAGGCUGAGAAUUUGCGUCUGAGGGCUGAGGGGAGUGGUGCUGAGGAAUUGGCUGUUUUGAAGAGAGAACUCUCGGAGCAGGUCGCACAUAUCAAGAACCUGGAAUCUACGAAUCGCGAACAGGCGGCAGAGCUACGACAUUUACGAAAAGUUCAAAAAAAUGUUGAAGUGGUCGAGGAACAGAAGAAGUCACUCGAAAAUCAAUUACAAUUGAUGUCUAAUUUGGAGGCAGAAUUUGGUAAUGUGCAGAUUCAAAAUCAAGUUCUCGAAGACGAGCGACGAUCUUGGACCAGUAUGCUCGAAUCAAAUAGCGAUUUUGCCGAUUUCGAUUCCCCAGAAGCUGUUGUGAAGGCUCUCGUUGAGGAGAGAAUUGAAAAAUUGACAUUGAUCGAUAAACUGGGAAGUGUUGAGCCACAACUCUUAGAAAAGGACGAAAUCAUACAAGGACUCGAAAGUGAGAAGCGGCACCUCAAACAAGAAAUUGAAAAGCUGCGAAGCGCUGCGAUAGCGCCCGGUGGUGCUCUGGACAGUCGCGCAAAACUCAGAUUGGAGCGUCAGCGAGCACUAGCUGUUAAAGAAGUGGAAUAUUUGCGCGCGCAACUUAAGACAUUUGAUACGGAGGAGUUGACGAUGCAUGAAGAGGGGAGUCAUUACGAUGAGCAGAAGAAUCAGCAGAUCGAGCAGCUGGAAAAACUCGUUGAUGAAUACCGGGUCGAAUUACAUAAAGUUCAUGAAGCUCUAUCAGCUCUCGAGAAAACAUCUUCGCAGGACGAAGGUACUCUUCCGGCUACAUUUCGAGGACUCAAAAGACCUCUAUCACCAGCAGACAGCGACGCAGAAUCAGAGCGCAUCUCCAUCCUCACCCGCAAAAACCGCACACUCCAAGAAAGUCUCUCAAAAUCCGAACAAACCGCCAAAGUCCUGCGACACGAACUCGACGCCACAAAAUCCCAUCUCAGUUCCCUCCAAGAACAAUCCCGCACCCGCAUCCUGGAACUACGCGCAAAUCCAACAUCCGAAGCAGAAAACAUCAAAAUGACCACUUUACGAGCUUUACAAGCCGAGAACCGCGAUUUACUCGCUCAACUCCGUGGCGAGAACGGCAAAGUCACCCGCGUCAUCCCCGUCAGCACACUCGAUAGUCUAAAACUCGAAAUGGCCGAAAUGGAACGCACAGUCGCCGAAAAGGAGAAACGAAUGCGUCGUCUCAAGGAGAUAUGGACUGCGAAAUCCUCCGAAUUCAGGGAAGCAGUUGCUUCGGUGUUGGGUUACAAACUCGAUUUCUUACCCAAUGGUCGCGUACGGGUGACCUCCAUGUUUCACCUGUCUCCUGCUUAUCGUCACGGAUCUGCGAGUGCAUCAUCAUCCUCCGGACCGGGAAGUAUGGGUAACGGAGAAGAGAAUUCGAUAAUAUUUGACGGCGAAAAUGGGACUAUGAAAAUAUCCGGCGGCCCGAAUAGUCUUUUCGCGCUUGAAAUUAAACAUCUGAUUAAGUUUUGGGUUGAGGAGAGGAAGGAUAUACCGUGUUUUCUGGCGGCGAUGACGCUGGAGUUUUAUGAUAAGACUACUAGGGCGGCGAGGGUCUGA